UUGAAGAUGCAAUUCGUAGAAAUCGUUCCCUCGUCAGUAACUGGAUCAAGUAUGCACAAUGGGAAGAAAGUCAACACGAAAUUCAAAGGGCGCGGUCGGUGUUCGAGCGUGGCCUGGACGUUGACCAUCGCAACAUCACGCUGUGGCUCAAGUACGCCGAGUUGGAGAUGAAGAACAAGCAGGUGAACCACACGCGCAACAUCUGGGACCGCGCGAUCACAAUACUGCCGCGCGCCAACCAGUUCUGGUACAAGUACACGUACAUGGAGGAGAUGCUGGGAAAUGUCGCUGGGGCUCGUCAAGUGUUCGAGAGGUGGAUGGAGUGGGAGCCAGAAGAGCAGGCAUGGCAGACCUACAUCAAGUUCGAAUUGCGCUACAAGGAGUUCGACCGCACCAGAGCCGUCUUCGAGAGGUUUGUGAUCGUGCACCCGGAGGUGAAGAACUGGAUCAAGUACGCACGCUUCGAGGAGCAGAACUCCUACGUCAGCAGCGCGCGGCGCAUCUACGAGCGAGGCGUCGAGUACUUCGGAGAGGAUAACAUGGACGAGAAGCUCUUCCUCUCCUUCUCCAAGUUCGAGGAGAAUCAGAAGGAGCAUGAACGUGCGCGGGUUAUCUACAAGUAUGCGCUUGACCACAUUGACAAGGAGCGGGCACAAGAGCUCUACAAAGCUUACACGAUCCACGAGAAGAAGUUUGGCGAUCGUUCUGCGAUCGAAGACGUCAUCCUCAGCAAGCGUCGCUAUCAGUACGAGGAGGAGGUGAGGAGCAACGAGCACAACUACGACGCGUGGUUCGACUACUUGCGACUGGUGGAGAACGAGGGCAGUGUGGACGCGAUACGAGAGCUGUACGAGCGUGCCAUCGCCAACGUGCCGCCGACCGCCGAAAAAAGACAUUGGCGGAGAUAUAUUUAUUUGUGGAUUAACUAUGCACUAUUCGAGGAAUUAGUGGCAGACGACGGAGAAAAAACACGACAGGUAUACAAAGCAUGUUUGGAUCUUAUUCCACAUAAGCGGUUCACAUUCGCCAAAAUGUGGCUCUUGUUUGCCCAGUUUGAAAUUCGGCAAAAAGAACUCCAAACUGCACGCAAGAUACUGGGAAUGGCGAUCGGCCGAUGCCCGAAGGACAAGCUGUUUCGCGGCUACAUCGACCUAGAGAUUCAGCUGCGGGAGUUCGAGCGAUGCCGCAUCCUCUACGAGAAAUUCCUCGAGACGGGACCGGAGAAUUGCACGACGUGGAUCAAGUUUGCCGAGCUGGAGACGAUACUGGGCGAUCAGGAGCGCGCGCGCGCCAUCUAUGAGCUCGCCAUUAGCCAGCCGCGUCUCGACAUGCCCGAGGUGCUCUGGAAAUCAUACAUCGACUUUGAGAUCGAGGCUGAUGAAUACGCUCGCACGAGGGCGCUGUACAGACGCUUGCUCGAGCGCACACAGCAUGUUAAGGUCUGGAUCAGCUUCGCGCAGUUUGAGCUGUCAGUGAAUCCUGACGACGUGUCGUUCUGCCGCGGCGUCUAUGCUGAGGCCAACAAGGCGAUGAAGAGUUCCGACGAGAAAGAGGAGAGACUGAUGCUGCUCGAAUCGUGGCGGGAGUUUGAGGUGGAGCAUGGGGACGAGAAGACGAAGGCGGACGUUGAGAACAUGAUGCCGAAGAGAGUGAAGAAGCGAAGGAAGGUGCAGACAGAAGAUGGGUCGGAUGCUGGCUGGGAGGAGUACUUUGACUACAUCUUCCCGAGUGACGAGGCAGCCAUGCCCAACCUGAAGCUGCUCGCAAUGGCCAAGGCGUGGAGGAAGAAGCAGGAGGAGCAGGCUUCCAAUGACAUUCCCACGCAGGUGGCCGACGCAGAUCCAGAGGAGGGGGAAGGGGAGACGAUCAAUGAAGGAGAUGGGGAGGAGACGGUCAAGGAAGGCUAUGAGGAGACGAUCAAGGAAGGAGAUGGGGAGGAGACGGUCAAGGAAGGAGGUGGGGAGGAGACGACCAAGGAAGGAGGUGGGGAGACGGUCCAGGAAGAGGACGAAGAGGCGGUCAAGGAAGGAGGUGGGGAGGAGGCAGUCAAGGAAGAGGAUGAGGUGGCAGUCAAGGAGCCAGAGAAGGUGGUCGACGCGUGACCCGGUCACCAGGUGUUAAGGCGCACAGAGGCCAUGUCGACGUACGGCUGCCGACUUCCUCGCCCUUGCCUGUCGGAAUAGGCGCGCGUGCUGCAUGUGCGUCCAUGUCUCACCUAUGAACGUCAGGCACGUGUGCAUGUAGGUGCACGCAGAUUUCUUCAUCAGUCGUAGUAUGACACGGCUUAGCGUGAGUAUGAGAAGUGGCAUAGCGUGUUUUUGCUUUAUAGUGAAAAUAUGUUCUUAGGAUUGUGUUACUUCAUACAGGAUCACUCCCCAACAAUGCUUCAAUAAAUUGAAUGCUUCGAAACACAAUUUAACAUAUGAGCCGUUAACCUAUAUUGUCAGUUAUAGUAUUAGUAGCAUUGUGCUUGAGAAAGGUACUGUCUAUCAUUUAUAAGAACAGAAUGUACAAAUUGUAUAAAUAUCGAUAUAUUUUACACAGAAUGUUGUCAGAAACACUGGAUAAUAUGAAAUACUGGGAAGUGGCAGUUUCGUGGGAGUGUCCACAUGUGACAGUGCUGGUUACAUUUGUUCUAACAUCAUGUUGUCUUCAAUGUAUUAUUAAAAUAUCUUUUGUAUAUA